AUGGCGCCAACAGGAGAGACUACCCUUCCCGAGCGGCCAAAGGAGACAGCUCCUCCUGCAGAGCAGAGCCCCGCCUCCGCAGGCGAAAAGCCCGUUGAAGAGAAGCCCGCCAAAGCACCCAAGCAGAAAGCUCCCAAGCAGAAGGCACCCAAGAACCCGGACGGCAAGAACAACAGCAAUAACAAUGGCAAGAAGGGAGGCGGCAAGCCCAAGGGCGCUAACGCCAAAGAGGCUGCGGUUGAUCUGCGCUCUCUCGACCCCGAGGCCAUGUUCAAGGUCGGUUUCCUCGCCGAUGUAUACCAGGAACGGCCCAUCUCCGAGAAACACCCCAAGAUCCGGACCCGUUUCCCUCCCGAGCCCAACGGCUUCCUGCAUAUCGGUCACAGCAAGGCGAUUGCGGUCAAUUUCGGCUUCGCGAAGUACCAUGGCGGCGAAUGCAUCCUGCGCUUCGAUGACACGAACCCCGAGGGGGAGGAGGAGAUGUACUAUCGGGGUAUUGAGGAUAUUGUGAGCUGGCUGGGAUACAAGCCUGUCCGCAUUACUAAUGCUAGUGACAAUUUCGACCGUCUGUAUGAGCUCGCGAAGGAUCUGAUCCGACGAGAUGGCGCCUAUGUGUGCCACUGCACCAAGGCUGAGAUCAAGGCCCAGCGUGGCGAGGCGGAUGGUGAGCGGGGCAAGGCGAGAUACGCGUGCCCUCACCGGUCGCGUCCUAUUGAGGAGUCGCUGCAGGAGUUUGAGGCUAUGAAGGAGGGCAAGUACAAGGCUGGAGAGGCUGCGCUGCGUAUGAAGAUGGAUUUGGACGAUCCUAACCCCCAGAUGUGGGAUAUCUUCGCGUGGCGUAUUUUGGACGUCGAUGAGAAGGGCCACUUCCGCACUGGUGGCCAGUGGAAGAUGUAUCCUACGUACGACUUUGCGCACCCUCUCUGUGAUAGCAUCGAGGAGAUUACACACUCCCUUUGCACGGUUGAAUUCGAGAUGUCGCGGCAGUCUUAUGAGUGGCUCAACGACAAGCUCGACGUUUACCGGCCGAUGCAGCGCGAGUACGGUCGCUUGAAUCUUACAGGUACCGUGCUAUCGAAGCGUAAGAUUAUUGAGCUGGUCAAGAAGGGCUAUGUGCGGGGUUGGGACGAUCCUCGACUGUACACGCUGAUCGCCAUCCGCAGACGCGGUAUUCCUCCUGGCGCCAUUCUCUCCUUCGUCAACAACCUCGGUGUCACCAAGGCUACUGCCAUUGUCCAGACAGUCAAGCUUGACCAGGUUGUCCGUCAGUACCUGGAGACUACCGUGCCGCGUCUGAUGGUUGUUCUGGAGCCCCUCAAGGUUGUCAUCUCGAACCUGCCCGACGGCUAUGAGGAGAUGGUGGAGGUUCCAUUCUCCAAGGACCCGGCUUUCGGCUCCCACCUCGUGCCUUUCACCAAGACCGUCUACAUUGAGCGCAGUGACUUCCGCGAGGAGGACUCGCCCGACUACUUCCGCCUUGCCCCCGGAAAGACCGUUGGUCUUCUGAAGGUGCCUUUCCCUAUCACCGCCACCACCUUUGACAAGGACCCUCAGACCGGCGCGGUUACCUGCGUCUACGCACAUUACGAAAAGCCCGAGGAAGGCUCCGACGCCCCUCCCAAGAAGACCAAGACGUAUAUCCACUGGGUUGGCGAGUCGGCCGCCCACAAGAGUCCCGUCAAGGCCGAAGUUCGCGCGUUCAACUCCCUCUUCAAGUCCAACGAUCCCAACGCCCAUCCUGACGGAUUCCUGGCCGAUAUCAACCCCGAUUCCGAGGAGAUCUAUGAGGGCGCCUAUGUCGACAUUGGAUUCCACGACGUCUCCAAGUCGGCUCCCUGGCCCAAGACGAGUGGUGAGACGGGAGGCGAAGUGAGCCCCUACUCCAUUCGAUUCCAGGGUAUGCGGACCGCAUACUUCUGUGUGGAUACGGAGUCGACGGCGGACAAGGUGGUCUUGAAUCGCAUCGUCACUUUGAAGGACACUCAGGGUAAAACCUGA